AUGUUCCGCAGUCAAGCCAAGGAGCUGCUGACUGAAAAGGACCGUACAGAACUGCUGCUCUCAGAAAUGUUGCCCAAGUCUGUAGCCCGGCAGCUGAGGUUGGGAAACAACGUGGAAGCCGAAACGUACGAAACUUCGACCAUUUAUUUUAGCGACAUUGUUGAUUUCAAUGAGAUUACAUUGCAUUCAGAGCCGAUGCAAGUUAUCACCCUACUCAACUCGGUUUAUAACCUCUUAGAUUCAAGGAUAGAAUGUUACGAUGUCUACAAGGUUGAGACAAUAGGCAGCGUGUACAUGGUUGUGAGUGGAGUGCCAGUGAGGAACGGCCAGCAGCACGUCGUCGAAGUUGCCGACAUGUCGCUCGAUAUUUUGGCCAACAUUGAGGAACAAAAUUUUUCAGGAUUCACUAAGAAAAUCGAGUUGAGAAUUGGAAUUCACACUGGUCCUUGUGUCGCGGGAGUUGUCGGCAACAAGAUGACGAGGUACUGCUUGUUCGGCGACACCGUCAACACUGCUUCCAGGAUGCAGUCGACUGGAAGUGCGUCAAGAAUUCAUUUGUCGGAAGAAACGCACAAAGAACUGAAGGAGUUCAAGCGUUAUAACCUCAAGAAGCGUGGAACUAUCGAGAUAAAAGGGAAAGGAAUGAUGACGACGUACUGGCUUGUAGGCAGAGAGAAGAUAUUUUAA